CCGCGCUGCUCACCACGCUCGCGUCCCGCCGCGAGCUGGGCGCGCUGGUGUCGUGCGGCGCGCUGGCGGGCGAGGCGGAGCGCGCCGCCGCGUCCCGCGCCAAGCUGCACGACGCGCACGCACACAACCCCUACUACGACUUCCUCUACGCGCUGCAUAUCUCACGGCACCACUACCGCAAAGCGGCGGCGGUGAUGUACGAGCGCGCGGCGCGCUGCGGGGCGGAGCGCUCACGUGUCUGCGGCUGGCGCGCCCCGAGCACGCCUUCCUGGCCAGGCCCGCCGCGGAGGCCAAGGACAUGCAGGUUAUCGGACCAGAAGAAUUGGCUGCAGAGCUUCGUGAAGAGGAUCCUGACUCUCUAAAUCCCGUUGAACAAGCUCUUCUUAAAGGCGAUAAUCUAGAUUUUGGAGCCCUAUACCCAACAUUAAAGGAUGCUGAUCCGGAAACACUGUUGGCCGUUAUUAAGAGAGCCAUAAGUACUGGUCAAUUCUUACCACACUGGUUUCUACAAAGAUACUUGGAGGUGGACGGCGCGGGCAUGGUGCGCGCGCUGCUGGCGGGCGGGCGCGCGGCGGAGGCGGGCGCGCUGUGCUGCGCGGCGCUGCGGCGCGCGCUGCUGGGGCUGCUGCCGCGCGCGGGCGCCGCGCCCCGCGCCGCGCCGCUCGCGCUCGCCGACCUGCUGCUGGCCGAGCUCGCGCACCACUCCGCCGACCCCUACGUGCUGCAGAUAUACAAUGAAUUAGAUGACUUAGUGAAGGAGUAUACAAAGGUCGUCGUUAGAGUUUCCGAGGAUAUGAAGCUGGUUCAAUUGGACACUUCAGUAAAUUAGUGUUACCUAAAUAAGGAUAUUGGAAAUAAAAAACUUUUUAACAAAA